AAUCAACAAUAACUUGUUAGCAAUAGUCAAUUACCCCGUCUCUUCUCGCCUCUUUCCCCCCGGUCCGAGGUCUCGGUGCGAGGGCUGUUCUCCCCCUCUUCGAAGUCUUUUUUUUUUUUCUUUUUCCUUUUUUUUUUUUUCUUUUUUUUAAUUUUCAUUAUUUUGGGGGGCAUUCUUUUCGGGGGGGGAGGGCAGGGAAAGUGCUGCGAUUUGGGGUGUUUCUUAAAAUAGCAGCUGGGAAGAGGAAAAGAGAGAAGAGAGAGAGAGAGAGAGAGAACAGAGAGAGAGAGAGAGAGAGGACAGAGAGAGAGAGAGAGAGAGAGAGGGAAAAAUCCCCGACCCGAAACCCUGGGACAGGAGGUGCGGCAGGACCACCUCUCGGCGAGGGACCGACGGCAGCUCCGCUCCCGGCCGCCCUGCCGGCCGCCCGACGUGGCUCUCCCCGGGCGGAACCGGGGCUCCUCCGCCGGCCUUGGAGGUGGGCUUCAACUUUUGCUCGCUGCCCUCUCCUCCGCCUCUUCCCCGCGGUCCCGCCGGGGUUUUCUCCCCGCGGCAGCGCAUCCCCGCGGCGGGUGGGGAAGGCAGCCCCGCGCGGCCCGGCCCCACCAUGACUUCCAAAGAAGAAGCCAAACCUUCGUCGGGGGAAGAACGCCGGAGGAGCCCUCUGGAUCACCUCCCCCCGCCGGCCAACUCCAACAAGCCCCUCACCCCCUUCAGCAUCGAGGACAUCCUCAACAAGCCGUCGGUGCGGAGGAGUUACGCGCUGUGCGGGACUGCCCACCUGCUCUCCGCCGCCGACAAGCACCCCCCGGCCGGGCUGCCCCUCUCCGGCCGGCCGCUGCUCUCCCAAACGUCUCCUCUCUGCGCCCUGGAAGAGCUGGCCAGCAAGACCUUCAAGGGGCUGGAAGUCAGCGUGCUGCAGGCGGCCGAAGGCAGGGACGGGAUGACGAUCUUCGGGCAGCGGCAGACGCCGAAAAAGCGUCGGAAGUCGCGGACGGCCUUCACCAACCAUCAGAUCUACGAGCUGGAGAAGAGGUUCCUCUACCAAAAAUACCUGUCGCCGGCGGACCGGGACCAGAUCGCCCAGCAGCUGGGGCUCACCAACGCCCAGGUCAUCACCUGGUUCCAGAACCGCCGCGCCAAGCUCAAACGCGACCUGGAGGAGAUGAAGGCCGACGUGGAGUCCGCCAAAAAGCUGGGCCCCAACCCCGCCGUGGACAUCGUGGCCCUGGCCGAGCUGGAGCCCAGCACCGAGGGUCGGGGCAAGGCUCGGCCCGGCUCCCCCCCGCCGCCCCCCGCAGCCCGGGAGCCCGGCGCCCCGCCGCCGCCCCGCCCCGCCUCGCCCCCCACGGAGCGGCCCCGCAGCCGCCGGGACAGCGAGGAGGAGGAGGACGAGGAGGAGGAGGACGUGGAGAUCGACGUGGAUGACUGAGGGGCGGCCGCCGGGCUCCCCCCCGCACCCCACG